AUUCUUAGGGAUUUGUUUCUGUUAUUGUACAAAGGAGGUUUUCUUUAUUCAUGUUUUGUAAUGGUUGGUUCCUGGAAGAUCUCAAUGUUUUCAGUAGGUAUAUCUGACAAGAGCAUUAUGAGCGAUCUCAAUACUUUCCUGAAUUUUCUGAUUUUAUUUACAUUUAAACUUGUACUGCUUGUGUGACCACAAAAAAAGAAAAACAAUAAAGCAAUAUCUCUUGCCCAAAAAAAAGAUUAAUAAGUAUUUCUCUCAGCUAAGUUCUGAUGCUUGGUAAAAGCCAGCAAGCCCAGGUCAUAGAAAACUCUGGGGUGCUGGGUUUUGCAAUUUCUGUCUCCAGUGCAAAUUCCUGAGAUUUGGAAACAGAGGCACCAGCGUGGAAGGGGUGAUAGCAACGGAAGCACCGGAGGCAUCCAAUCCUGAGUCCCCCAGAGACAGGGCCGUUUUCUGGGGAACUUCCUGCUGGGGAAACGAAACUGGGAAGCACUAAAGAUUAGUCAGCAGAGUUGAGGGUGGAGUUCACGGAGGGCGGAGGAGACUAGAACGGCCUGAAGGCCGUGGAAGAGUAAAUGUGUCUGUCUGGUGAGGCUUGCAGUCCUGGGUUGGCAGGGGAGCCCCAGGGUGCCCAACUUCACGCUGAGGACUCAACUGGAUUUUAAUGUACUGCCACCUUUGAAGCCCUGAGUGAGGAGUUCCAGAUAACCCCUCCCUCUCCUGCUGCUCCUCAUACAAGCCCCCCUCCCCCGCCCUUGGCCUGGGCGGAGCCUGGAGCCCCUGAGAGCCCUCCCAGCCCUGCAGACGCACUCUCUUCCUCCUGAUUUGGGGGCUGUAAUUUCCUCCGUCGUCCAAUCGCAUUUCCCUUUCGGGGGCCUCACAGGAUCCGGCAGCUUUAUUAAGUGUUGCCAUCUCUGUCCCAUCAUUUCUAGAGCUCUGGAGUGGAGCUGAAGGCUGCUGCAUGGAAUCGGUCCACCAACCGGGUCCAAUCUUGAUCCUUCCGCUUUCUACUUUCUGAAAAUUCCUCAGAUGCCCUAGUCCCUCGAUGGCACACCCUCUCAAUUCCCAGCCUGUUGGGUUGCCAAUACUUUAAACACAUCUGUGCCUCUAACCUGUAAUCCAGUCUUUCCCCUACACUUGAAAACCCCCAGUGACCCGGCACUUACUGCGUAAAUAUGAGCUACGUACGCACCGCUAGCCUACCAUCUCUCCCUCUGACUUCUGAACACCCUCUGACCCCAUCUACCGUCUCCAUUCCACGAAGGCACGCUUCAGGAAGCUCUUACCAAGAUUACCGGUGCCCUGAGAUUUACUCAAAGGCAGGGUGUGUGCCGGCUCCUUGAGUGAAGGGGCAGAGGACCAAUGAGUUUCUGAGUGAGACAGGGACUCCCGCUUGGGCCAAUCCUGAGGAAGAGCUCAAGUGUCCACAUUCUGGGUGGAGUAGGAGCAGGGAAGCAACGGAAAAGUGAGUCCAGGUGGUGAAGAUGGCAGCAGCAACGGGCUGCCUUGGAGACCCAAUCAAGUGUCCACUUUGCAGCUUCGAUGUCCACUAUGGCUGCCUCGGUCUGUGCCAGUCCACCAGGGAUGUAAAUCUUGUAGCUUUGUAAUGUUUUAAUAGGUGAUACUGUAUGAAAAGUGCUAUUCUAAACUCUCUCCUUUAAAAAAAAACAACUUAAUUCUUAAGACAGUUUAGAGCAGUGUUUGAACAUUUUAAUGGUGUUUUGAUUGGGACUGCAGUAAAUGUAUAAACUAGGGAGAGUUGGCUGCCACCCAAAAAGAGUGAGCAGUGAGAACCUGCUCGGGGGGGUUUGAGUCCAGUCUGCCAUCUUUGCAGCUGUGUGACCCUGGGCGAGAAGCCUAGAUCCUCUGGCCCUUAACUUCCUCUCCUGUAAUGGUGUGAUAAUCACAACUCUUAUGGCUAAUGGGAGGGUUAAAUGAGACAUUUGUAAAGGGGUACAGGACAAAUUCUGUAAUUGUCCCUUAUUGCCCGUGUUUAGAAGGUGUCCUUCAGCCAGAGAGCAAGGUAGGGGCUCUCCGUUUAAGUGAAUCUGCUGACCGUUUUUCACGCAAAUCCUGCACGUUUCUUAAACGCCCUGGUCACAUUACUCCGUGCCAGCGCUUUGCUUGGAAGUCCUGCUGCUGUAAAGGCAUUUUGUUCCGUUGUGUUUGAUGCCUCGGAGCCGGGGAGCCCCAGACAAGGCAGACCCGGGGCUGCGGGAGGGAAAGCACGGGAGGGAAAACCGCGACUGCGGAGGGAGCCGGAAGCGGGGUAAAGGCCCUGAGCGGCUGCAAGAAACGAAACUGAAAGCAGAAAAGGAGGAGAAUCUUGAGAGGAUGCGAGGAAGUGGGGAGCUGGGGCAGGCUGGGCCAGGAGCACCCCGCCCUCUCCCCACCCCGGGCGCAGGAACAGGGUGGGGCGCUGCGGGGCACCGGGGACAUCCAAGACCCUGGGACGCACACGCAGAGGCGGGUGAGCGCACCGAGCCCCGCAACCUGCACGCAGAGCCCCUGCCACCCAUCGCCCCGGCGCCCGGCCAUGGACGUGUACCGCACCCCCGCCACCACGCUGGACGGCCUGGUGACCAGCCUGCAGCUGACCGCGGAGUUCGUGGGGACCGCACGUCGCGCACUGGGGACCGUGGGCGCGGUCCUGAGAGAAUGUGGGGGCCGUCCAGGUGCCAGGGUAGCUGCUGCCCCACCGUGGCGGGUACUUAAAAUCACCAAGGGAGGCUCCUUUGGCCGAGGCACAGCUCUGAGGGGUGGCUGUGAUUCUGAACUUGUCGUCUUCCUCAACUGCUUCAAGAGCUAUGAGGACCAGCGUGCUCGGCGCAGAGAGAUCCUCGGGGAGAUGCGGGUGCUGCUGGAAUCCUCGUGGCAGAACCAGGUCUCUGGCUUGAGCCUUGAGUUCCUCAAGCAGGACAUGCCUGGGGUCCUGCAGUUCCGACUGGCGUUCCCAGACCUGGACGACCAGAUGGAUGUUGGCUUGGUACCUGCCUUUGAUGCUCUGGGGCAGCUCAGCUCCCACGUCAAACCCAAGCCCCAGGUCUACUCCGCCCUCCUCAACAGCGGCUGCCAGAGAGGCGAGCAUGCAGCCUGCUUCGCGGAGCUGCGGAGGAACUUCGUGAACACUCGGCCACCCAAGGUGAAGAAUCUGAUCCUCCUGGUGAAGCACUGGUACCGCCAGGUGUGCCCACAGGAGGGAAGCAGGGAGGUGCCCCCAGCCUAUGCCCUGGAGCUGCUGACCAUCUUCGCCUGGGAGAAGGGCUGUGGGAAGGAUGCCUUCAGCCUGGCCCAAGGCCUCCAGACAGUCCUGGGCCUGAUCCAGCAGUAUCAGCACCUGUGUGUUUUCUGGACCACCAACUACGGCUUCGAGGACCCUGUCGUUAAGAAGUUCUUGCUUCAUCAGCUUGAGAGACCCAGGCCUGUGAUCCUGGACCCGGCCGACCCGACAUGGGACGUGGGGAAUGGGGCAGCCUGGGCCUGGGAUCUGCUGGCCCAAGCAGCAGGGUCCUGCUGUGACCGCUUUCCUUUCCUGCAGGCUGUAGGGGGCGCUGUGAAGCCCUGGGAGGUGCCGGGCCUUCCACGCCCAGGGCGCUCAGGUUUGGACCUCCCCAUCCUGCAAGACCCCGCCCGGGAGCCCUCCAGGGACAGCAGCGGCCUCAGUGCUGCGUGCCCAGGGGCAGGGAACAGGUGGCCCUCCCGUCCAGCCCCCGUCUUCUCCGCCAUGGCUGACAUCGCCCCCUCUGCACUGGAUCUGUGCCGGAUCCCCAGCUGGGAGCUGGACCGCUUCAUCGUGGACCACCUCAAGCCGGACACCCUGUUUCAGAGGCAGGUGAGCAAGGCCAUCGAUGUCAUCCUGAGCUGCCUCCGUGAGAAGUGUGUCCACAAGGCCUCGAGGGUCAGCAAGGGGGGCUCAUUCGGCAGGGGCACGGACCUCAGGGGAGGCUGCGAUGCCGAACUUGUCAUCUUCCUCAACUGCUUCGAGAACUACAAGGACCAGGGUCCCCGCCGCGCAGCGAUUCUUGAUGAUAUGUGGGCACAGCUGGACUCCUGGUGGCAGGACCCCGUCCCCGGCCUGACCCUCAGUUUUCCAGAGCAGACCAUGACCGAGGCUCUGCAGUUCCAUCUAGUGUCCCCAACCCUAAAAAGCCGGAUGGAUGUCAGCCUGCUGCCCGUCUUUGAUGCCGUGGGGCAGCUCAGCUCUGGCACCAAACCUGACCCUCAGAUCUACUGCACCCUUCUGGACAGCGGCUGCCAGGAGGGCGAGCACUCAGCCUGCUUCUCAGAGCUGCGGAGGAACUUCGUGAACACCCGCCCAGCCAAGCUGAAGAACCUGAUUCUGCUGGUGAAGCACUGGUACCGCCAGGUGACCCAGGUUGCUUCCCGGAACAGAGCAGGAUGGCCUGCCUGUGCCUCUCUGCCCCCGGCCUACGCCCUGGAGCUGCUGACCAUCUUCGCCUGGGAGCAGGGCAGCGGGGAGCACCGAUUCCACAUGGCCAACGGCCUGAGGACCGUCCUGGGGCUUGUGCAGCAGCACCAGCAGCUCCGUGUCUUCUGGACAGUCAACUACAGCUUUGAGGACCCAGCCCUCAGAAUGCACCUCCUCAGCCAGCUUCAGAAACCCAGGCCCCUGAUCCUGGACCCUGCUGACCCCACCUGGAAUGUGGGCCGGGGCAGCUGGGAGCUGUUGGCCCAGGAAGCGGCUGCCCUGGAGAGGCAGGCCUGCCUCAUGAGUAGAGAAGGGAUACCUGUGCAGCCCUGGGAUGUGACGCCUACUCUCCUUCACCAGACUCCAGCCAGGGACCUCGACAAGUUCAUCAGUGACGUUCUCCAGCCCGACCGCCAGUUCCUGGAUCAAGUGCACAAGGCUGUUGAUACCAUCUGCUCAUUUCUGAGGGAAAACUGCUUCAAGAAUCUUCCCAUCAAAGUGCUCAAGGUGGUCAAGGGCGGCUCUUCGGCCAAAGGAACCGCGCUGCGAGGCCACUCCGAUGCCGACCUGGUGGUGUUCCUCAGCUGCUUCCACCAGUUCACCGAUCAGGGGAGCAGGCGAGCCGAGAUCAUCUCGGAGAUCCGAGCCCAGCUGGAGAGAUGCAAGCAGGAGCAGCAGUUCGAAGUGAAGUUCGAGAUCUCCAGGUGGGAGAAUCCCCGUGUGCUGAGCUUCUCGCUGGCGUCGCAGAUGGUGCCGGACCAGAGUGUGGACUUUGAUGUGCUGCCGGCCUUCGAUGCUCUAGGCCAGCUGGGCUCCGGCUCCAGGCCCCACCCUCGCGUCUACGCGGACCUCAUCCGCAGCUGCAGCAACGCGGGCGAGUACUCCUGCUGCUUCACGGAGCUACAGCGGGACUUCAUCGUCUCCCGCCCCACCAAGCUAAAGAGCCUGAUCCGACUGGUGAAGCAUUGGUACCGCCAGUGCACCAAGAAGCCCAAGGGGAAAGGCUCUCUGCCCCCCCAGCACGGGCUGGAACUCCUGACAGUGUAUGCCUGGGAGCAGGGUGGGCGGGACCCCCGGUUCAACAUGGCCGAGGGCUUUCGCACUGUCCUGGAGCUGGUCACCCGGUACCGCCAGCUCUGCGUCUACUGGACUGUCAACUACAACUGUGAAGACGAGACCAUCAGAGACUUCCUGAGGACGCAGCUUCAGAAGGCCAGGCCCAUCAUCCUGGAUCCAGCCGACCCGACAGGCAUCCUGGGCCACAGUGCCCGCUGGGACCUGCUGGCAGAGGAAGCUGCAGCGUACAUGUCUGCCCCAUGCUGCAUGGACAGAGAUGGCACCCCCAUCCUGCCAUGGCCAGUGAAGGCUGCUGUGUGAAGGCCAGAAAAUCAGGAGUCAUACCUGAUAGACAGAUGGAUGCCAGCCCUCGGUGUGGGGAGACUCAGGGUCACCUGCCAGGUGUGUGUGUGUGUGUGUGUGUGUGUGUGUGUGUGUG